UUAGAGCAGACAAGUUUCAAGUAAAACGUUCUACUCACUCGCCGAUUCAACCAUCCAUUCAAAUAAGCAAAUAAUUUCUACCAGGAGAAAAGAAUGCAGCAACAUCUUAGAAUUUUAAUAUUGGCGGGGAUGAUGUGUGCCAACUUGCCACACUCGCAUAGUUCACUCUUCUUUCCCUCCAACAGUGCCUAUGGUAUAUUUGCUGCCAUUGCUGUUCCCUUGGAUUUACCACAUCGCAAUGUUUUUAUCUCUUACAAUUUUGAGGCAAAUUAUAAUUUGCCACAAACUUGGGGAAUUCCACCAUAUGCGACCGGCAUUGAAGAUGAGGAUUUAUUCGAGGCAGCUGAGGAGGAGGCUAGACUGAAUAGCGGCAAAUCUUGUAGCACCAAUUGCACCAUAUCUUCGGCGGAGGAAGUGGAGGGCAGUGGCGAUGAGUUGGAUGAAGCAUCUGUGGAAUCUUCAGGCAAUUCGACCGAAACUAAAAGGAGAAGAAGAGCCAUUGUGCCUUCCUUGUUGACCCGAACACACUUCUAUCACAUUCUCAUCGAUAAAUUUCAGAGGAGUGGCUUUCAGGGUGAAUCCUGCCUGCUGCGUUUGAUAUGUGAAACAAAUUCCUCGGAAUUGGGCGACAUUAAUGGUGUCUUGGGCAGCCUCAUGCACAUAAUGUUCUCGCCAACUACUUCAAGAAAUGAAAAUCUACCUUUGAAAUACUAUCAAGCCGAGCUGGAUGGUGUACAUGAUCAAUGUCAUCAUUAUGAGGAAGAAUGUACGGAAAGUAUAUUGGAUUUGAUAUCAACACCUUUGCAUGAGAUAAUUGACAAUAUGUUAGCUAAUAAAAUAUAAACUGAAUAAA